AUGGGUCAAAGACAGUCUUCUCAAUCAUCAAACCCCACUGGCAAUAACAACAAUGAUAUAAUCAUGAACGAAAUCAACGGCAACAACAAUACUAAUGAUACCAACGAGAGUACACCUAGACGUGGAAGAAUCUUUCGACCUAGUGCUAGAUUGAACGUCGAACGAAACAACCCCGUCUCGAGAUCAUUAAAUGAUAGCCAAAGCCGAAGCGAAAGACGAACGAGAAGGGCCCGUAUACGAGAAGAACAUCUCAAUGCGGCUACACAACAACGACAACAACGACGACAACAACAACAACAACGACAACAGCAACGACAACAACAACAGCAACAACAACAACAGCAGCAGCAACAACAACAACAACAGCAACAACAACAACAGCAGCAACAACAACAACAACAACGCCAACAACAACAACAACAAGGGGAAAGCGAGAACGAAGAAGCAGAUUCUACAACACUCGUGUCUUUUGAAAUAGAUACCCAGGAUGCUGUGACUGCAUUAGCAAGAAAUAGACCUACCUCUGCUUCUCCAACCAAUAUAUUAAACAUAACUACCACUACCACUACCACUACAUCAGAGGAAUCAGCAGAGUCUGUGAAUAGUUCGUCUGCUCGAAUGAUUACGCAAGUCAUGACUGAAGCAGUAUUAUCGUCCGUUCGUAGUGGUCAAAUAUCAAUUCCUGCAUCCAGAUAUCCACAAGCAAGGCAACGGUUGACUAUUCAUUUACCAGCAGACUUGUUUCGUCUGAUGGAACCUGGACGUUCAGAAGAUGUAUUCUUGCGACCCCUUGGAUUGCCUAUUUUAAUUACUCCCAUCGCAGCGUCAACAGAUGAAGAGAAUACUGGCAAUAACGCAUCUACAAAUAACACAACUGGAAACACAUCAGGCAAUAGUAACAGCAGCGCCGAUAAUACGAGAUCUGCGACAUCAACAGCUGUAAAUGCAGGUGGAGAGGCACCAACAUUGAAUAGGGGAAGUAGUCAAGUGAGUCGGUUGAUGUUCUUGCCUAUGUUGAUAUGUGGAAGAAGAUCUGCAAGUCCAACUACAACAUCCAAUGUUGAAAAUCCAUCCACAACCAUGCCUCUGCCAGAUUUCUUGAAUACCAAUGAAGACACCAAUAGAAGCACACAGAGACCAGGUACGAGAUCAAGCGCGAGAAUCAGAGAAAGACAACAAAGACAACAAAGACAACAAAGACAACAAGGACAACAAAGACAACAAGGACAACAAAGACAACAAAGACAACAAAGACAACAAAGACAACAAAGACAAAGACAACAAAGACAACAAAGACAACAAGAGAGAGCACAGCAAGGACAGGAGCAACAGCGCUCAAGAACAACAUCAACAGAUACUUCACCAACUGGAGGAGAACAGUGGACUGUAUGGGUUUUGAGUGGUCCUCGUGUACGGAACUUCAUGCGUGACAAUCCCACCUACGAAGAUUUGAUCCAGUUAGCAGAAUUGCUUGGCCCAGCCAUAUUACCCACUGUCACUCAAGAGGCGAUCGACAAUUACGCCCCAAUUGUGAAAUAUACCCAACAAUUGAAACAAAGUAUGAUUGGAAAUACAGAAGGGUGUCAGGUCUGUUUGGACAAUUACCAAUCAGAAGAUGAUGUCCGUGUACUGGAAUGUCACCAUGGAUUUCACAAAGGUUGUAUUGAUAAAUGGCUGACGGAAGGCCAAAAUAGGUGUCCACUUUGUCGCGGUGUGCCGAUUCCAUCAGGUUCAACUCGUCCAACCACAAAUAACUAA